AUGGAGCUGCUAGGUUUCUCCACACAGACAUGGCUCACUGCAGGUGGUCUUGGAACAGUCUUGUUGACACCGGCUGGUCGUGGGAUAUUCACAAAUUUUCUUUCAAGUGCAAUGAUUCAUGCAACCCGUCCAUUUGUCGUGAAUGAGUGGAUUCAGACAAAGAUUGAAGACUAUGAAGUUUCUGGUACUGUUGAGUUCCGUAUAUGA